AUGAAAUACCAGGACAACACGCCCAUCGUCCUCAAAGGCAUCAACCUGAGGACUCACAGCCAGGAAAUGGGGGGCGCCGUGGGCAGGACCGGCUCCGGGGAGCGGGGCGUCGCUCUCCUCCGGCUGGCGGAGCUUGCGGCUGGCCGGAUUCUCAUCGACAGCGUGGACAUUUGCAGCAUCAGCCUGGGGGAGCUGCGGUCCAAGCUGUCCCUCAUCCCGCAAGAGCCGGUCCUGUUCAUCUCAAAGUUGCCCCAAAGGCUGCAGGCCGAAGCCAUGGCAGACGGCAAGAACUCCUUCUCCGUGGGGGAAAGGCAGCGGCUCUGCAUCACCUGCGCCCUGCGCCGCAGCUCUGAGGGGAGCCUGAUCGGUGUGGAGACGGGUGCCCUGGUGCAGCAGACGGUCUGUGAGGCCUUCCAGGGCUGCACGGUGCUGGUCAUCGCCCACCGCAUCACUGCCGUCCUCAACUGCGGCCUCAUCCUGGCCAUGGACCACGGGAAGGGGCGGGUGGCGGAGUUCGACAGCCCUGUGGUCCUGCAGAGGGAGCUUAAGUCCAUGUUCGCCGCCCUGCUGGCAAAGGCCGGUUCGUUGAGCUAA